GGCGCCGCUCGCCCUCCGCGGGGGCGGCCAGAGCCGGGCGCUGCGGGCAGCAGGGACCGCUCCGCUCCGCGCCGCUCCGCGCCGCCCCGCGCUGCAGCCAUGGCCCCGGGCUCGCCCGCCGCUCGCCGCCGCGCCGCGCCGCGCCUGCUGGCCGCGCUCCUGGACGGACGGUCCGGAGCGCCGGGGAUAAGUCACUUGGCCAAGGUGACUUCGCAGCCGAGCCCCAGCUCCGAAGUCCCGGCUCCGGCCCCUGCCCUGCCCGCACCGGCGCUUCUCCUGCGAGCACCGCGGCUUUGCCCCGCUUUGCCCCGCUCCUGCGCUGCCCGGCCAGCGGGGACCGCGCUGCCUGCCUGCCCGGCACCGGGGGAUGGCCGCGGGGAGGCCGUGCACUGCUUCAGCGCCAGCACGCCCGCCGACAGGUUUGCACGUCUUCGCCAUCGCCUUGGCCUUGGAGGUGUCGGUGGGGAAAACCAACACGGUGACGGCUCUGAACAACUCCAAUGUCCUGCUGCCCUGCACCUUCACCACCUGCAUAGGCUUCCAGGACCUGGUCUUCACAUGGUAUUUCAACUCGACAGAGCUGAUCUACCACGGCAAGAUAAAGAACAAGGCCACGGAGCCCACCCUCAUCUGGCACAACCCGCGCGUGGAGUUCGUGGGCUCCACCACCAAGAAGGACAACAACAUCUCCAUUGUGCUGAACAACGUGGAGUUCAGCGACGCUGGCAAGUACACCUGCCACGUCAAGAACCCCAAGGAGAAGCACGCCCAGCACAAUGCCACCAUCUUCCUCACCGUGGUCCAUAAGAUGGUGGAGACGGACAACACUGUGACCCUCAUCAUCGUGGGCGUGGUGGGGGGGCUCAUCGGCCUCCUCAUCCUCUUCAUGCUCAUCAAGAGGGUGGUGCUGUUCAUCAUCAAGAAGACGCAGGACGGCAAGAAGGAGUGUCUGGUGAGCUCGUCAGGGAACGACAACACCGAGAACGGCCUGGCCGGCUCCAAGGCGGAACAAAAAGCCCCACCAAAGGCAUGAAGGAAGCGGCGGCGCCCCGCGCCCGCCUCGCCCCGCCGCGGGAGCCCGGGCACGGGACGAGCCUUCCCCUUUUGUUUUCUUUCCGAACUGCCAGCGCUUGAGACAUGUUUCUAUUAACACACGUGCCUGCAACCUGCACUGCUUCUCCGACAAGGCUGCGGCUGCCGGGGGGACUGGGAGCUUCUCGCGGAUCGGACUGGGAGGCUGCUGGGGCGCAGGGAGCCGCCGGCUCCGCUCUGAGCACAGGCAAGAGGGUGCCGGGCAGGGCAGGGGCAGGGGGUGCCGUGCCCAGGGCCGGGUGCUGGGCACCGGGGUCCGCUGGGUGCUGAGCUGAGGUGGCUGGGAGCUGCUGCAGCAUCCAGGAGGUUUUCUAGAGCAGGGCAGGGAUGCUCAGAGCUGGCCGGGCAGAUGGAGCGGCGCAGGAGGACGGGAGGAAGCAGGGCUGUGAUAAGCACACUGGAGAACCAAAUCAGCUGCAGGCCCCUGGCUGUGCCUCGUGCCUCCCGCAGCAGGGUUGGGGACGUGGCCGUGUCCCGGGGCCAUCCCUGGGAGCAGGGGGCUUCUCCCCGGGCAGCCAUCGCGGCUCUGCGCUGCCCCCUCCCCUCUCUCUGGAGCUCGGCGCUCGGAGCAGCGAUGCUUUUGAUGCUGGUGCCAAGGCUGAGCUCCUUCGUGGAUGUUUUUUGCAUGAGAUUCCAGGGGGAAGCAGCCAAUUCCCUUUUGCCGUGGCAGGGAGGGAGCACAGCCCAGCCCAGGCGAGGGGAGCCGGGCCGGGGCUGUGCCACCGGCCCCUGCUGGGCAACCCUGGGCAAGUUGCUCUGCUUCUCCAUGCCUCAGUUUCCCCAUCUGUAAAAUGGGGACAAAAAUACUGCUCUACCUCACGGGGUGGGUGUGAGGUUUCCUUGGCUAGGAGGGCGAAGUGCUUCGGGAUGAGGGGUGAGUGAACUCACAGGAUGUGAGACACAAAGUGAGCGAGCUGCAUCUGAGCUUAACAAUUUCCUUUCUAACGUGAUUUGUUCCCUAUUUCUCCAAUCUGGGGGUGUCUGACAGUGAAGCUGCAGGACAGGCAGCUCCCCUGUCCCACAGUAAACUGGGAUUCACAGCUGAGCCAUGGCUUGCUGUGGGGUUUGUGUCCUGGCACAGGCGCUGGGGUGAGGUGAGGAUUUGGUGGCCAAGGUGGCAAGGAAAGGCUGGGUGCUGCUGUCUCUGGAGAUGCUGGUGCACAGCGGGCUGCUCACCCCAGGCUGGGCCCGGGGGCACCCUUGGAGCAGGGCUGCGUGCCCAGAACAGGGGGCAGGUCCUGGCACCUGGCACCAGGCAGGUCCCUUGGCUGUUGAUAAGAGUCGGCAUCCUGAUCUCCCUGAGGGGCUGUGGGACCCUCAGGCCAAUCAGUGUCCCCACCUGCAGGCUGGGGACAGCGAGUCUGAGCUACCUCUGAGAGGCGUGGGGCGCCCUGCCCGCUCUGGUGCCAGGGGGUGUGACACGCCAGCGCUGUGACACGCCAGUGCCACCUGUGCGAGCCCGGGAGGAGGCUGAGACCUCCCAGUCACCCCGAGAGACCCCCGGCCCGCCCUUGGAGGAGCCCUCCCGCGGGGGAGGACGGCGAGGCGAGGAAGGGAGGUUUUUUUUAAAUACUAUUUUUAGCUGCCCUAACCUGUUGGCCUUUUCUAGCCGGCGCGUGGACGCAGCUCCACUUCCUGCCGGGUAUGCAAUGCUGCACUAUGCAUGGAUUGCUCCUCUGGCUCGCUGGGAAACGGCCACUGAAGCAGUUUUGGGGACGUAACCCCGCGUAACCCACGGGGGCUCCGGGGGAGCGGGCUGCCCUGGGAGACUGUGCCAGCACCAGCGGGGUCCCUGCUGUCACCGGGGCUUUGGGGGGGCUGCAGAGGCACCCUGGGGGGGUGUGCUGCCACAGACACGUGUGUGUGUCCAAGCACAUGUGGAGCUGCGUGGGAGGAACCCGCGGGUAAGCACAGGGGGGUGUGCGCCGGGCUGUGUGAUGACUUACAGCACAUCUUUGCACUGUAGAGGUUUAGUUAGCUUUGCCUUGAAUGAAAUAAAGUUUACGUU